AUGCCUUCUGUUGUCUUCGACGUUGUCGGAACGUGCUUCUCCUACGACAAUGGGGCGCUCGCCCUCCAGACCCGCCUCGGUCCCAAGCUUGCCGCCCACGGCCUCUCUUCCAAACUUCUCUUCUACGCCUGGGUCUGCGGCACAGAGCGUGACUACUCCUACCUCUCGCAAAUCAAGCAAUACAAACCCUUUUUCGACAUUCUCGCCAACACCCUCACCCGCGUACUCUACCAAGCCGGGGUCCCAAAGGAAGAGCUUGGCGGGUUCUUCACCCAAGACGACGUUGACUACAUCAUGGCUGAGUACAAAAAGCUCAAACCCCGUCCUGGACUCGCGGAGAUGAUGGCGACUCUGCGCGAGGGAGGGUUUGAGGUGUGGUGCUGCUCUGACGCGAAUAUCGAUCGGGUGAAGGGGUACUUUGACCAUGCCGGGGUGGAGAUGCCGCUGGAUCAUAUUCUGUCGGCAGACAUGGUCAUGGCGGGCAAGCCUGAAGCGGCGGUGUACAAGUUUGCCAGGGAGAAGGCCGGGUCAGAUAAGCCUGGGGAGGUUUCGGUGUUUGCUGCAUCUCACGCCUGGGACACAGCUGCCGCCAAAGCAGCAGGCUUCGUCACGGCCUACACCACGACCUACGAGUACGACGAGUGUGAGACCAUUUUUGGCAAGUCGGAUCUCGUCACGCCAGAUUUGAUCUCGUUGGGCAAGGGAAUCGUCGAGAAGUGGGGCAAGAAGUAG